CAAUAAACUUUGUGAUGCUGUGCUGGUAAGAGGAAACGUUAGAGGUUUACAGUGCACCCAGCAAAGAGAAGAAAUUAUGUUUUCCUCCUGCUUCAGGGCAGAAUAGACCUGUACCGUGCAAAGUGUUGAUUCAUAAUGGAGUUAAUACCCAGCAGCUGUUUGGUUUGAACUCCAUCUACUUUCACCUAUGGCCAAUCUGGACAGAAAUAACAGAAUCCUUCUUGAACUAAUGCGACAGCCUGGUAACAACUUGUGUGCUGACUGUGGAGCUCCUGAGCCUGACUGGGCCUCGUACACACUCGGUAUCUUUUUGUGCCUGAACUGUUCGGGGAUGCAUCGCAAUAUGCCUGCCGUAAGCAAAGUCAAAUCAAUACGUCUGGACCUCUGGGAUGAUUCACUAGUGGAGUUCAUGCGUGAGAGGGGAAAUUUUGCAGCCAAAGCCAUAUAUGAGAAGUCCAUACCUUCCUUCUUCUACAGGCCACAACAUAAGGACUGUUUUGUUCUUAAGGAUCAAUGGAUACAAGCAAAGUAUGACAGAAGAGAAUUCACAGGAGAAACCAACUACCUUCAACAAACCUUUAACUUAGACCACUAUGAGGUAACACUAUGGAAGAAGGGCAAGGACAAUAAGCAGUUCCUGAGGAGGAUCUUUCUGCUGUCCCAAAAAGACUUCACUCUCAAAUACUUCAUUAAAGAGGAUUCCAAAAGUCCCAAAGAUGUCAUCUGUAUGAAAGACCUGAAUGCAGUUUUCCAGCCGGAGAAGAUCGGUCAUGUUCACGGUCUGCAGAUCACCUACCUACAGGAAGAAUGCACAAGAAAUCUGUUUGUUUACCAUGAGAUAGGGCAGGUUAUCGUGUCCUUUUUUAAUGCUAUACGGGCGACACGCUUGGCAUAUCUCAAGAAGAAACAUUCCACGCUUCAAGACAGUGAUUUAAUACCUCAGUUAACAAGACACUGCCUCAAGGAGGGAUACAUGGAGAAGACUGGCCCUACGCAACGGGAGCCAUUCAAGAAGAGGUGGUUCACACUGUGCUUAAUGAACAGAAGACUCUUAUAUUUUAAGAACCCACUGGAUGCUACAGAGCUGGGAGCUGUCUUCAUUGGCACAGAGACCCACAACUACUCGGUUUCUGAGAGUGUCCGGAGUGGGAGGGGAGGUCGAUGGCACUGUGGCAUCACUCUGCAGACUCCUGGCAGGCAGUUUGUGUUUAUGUGUGAGCAGGAACAGGAACGGAGAGAAUGGCUGGAGGCUUUUAGAAAGGUCAUCUCUCAACCCAUGACGCCAGAAGACUACGCUAAUGAAGCUAACUUGAGAAGAGGUAAAUGAGUGGAACUGUCCUAGACCUCCACCUGCGAUGAGAAGUAUAUUUUUAGCACAUAAAAGACUGGCACCUGUACUCCCAAAUGAUGCAACAGAUGGAAAAAAAAAAAAAAAUGGAUAUCAACUCUCUCUCUCUCUCUCUCACUGGCAGGACUGGUAUCACUGCCUGCAGUUACUGUGUCCGAUCAUUAAUAUAAAUGAUCAGCUGUAACCCUUUGCACAGGCUAUACUGUCUACCACCCUAGGACACUUUCAGUACCAAGACAGUAUGCUAUGUAUGUGGACUAGAGGCAGUUUUUCCACAUGCAACUAUCUUACACAUAAUGAGUGCCUUGCAGUAGGAUGUAUGCUGUAUUUAUUUUAAUGUAAUUGUGUUACCUAGUCAAUUUUAAUACUGUCAUUUUUACGUAGGCCUACUGUAUGUGUAUAUCAGUAUUCAAAGAUUUUAUACUGUUGUUCUGUAUCAUAAAUGACUGUGUUUUAA